GGCAUUACUAGGCCAUGUCAAAGAUUAAAUAUGUAUACUAUACUAUAGAAAGAGUAUAUUUAAUCUUUGGCCAUGUUCUAGUCUUGCACAUGACCAUGUCUACCUAUCCUAUAGGAAGUCAAAGCCACAAAUCAGAGUUUCAGAGAUGUCUAGUAACUAUAGACUCUAGUUUCGAAGCUCGACUGUCGAACCAAAGAACACUGUGUCGAACAUUUGCAGUGAAUAUAGUUUUGAAAAAUUAUUUACAUAUACCUAUACUGGUUAAUUGUCAUCUUCUUAAGAUGUAUCUCGGAUAAAUGGAGUCCAAAAGAAUUGUUUUGAAUUAGCAGUUUUAAUUGACGUCGCUUGUAGUUCUUUUGUAACGUCAAAAACAAAUAAAAAGUUUCAGGAAAAAGGAAGUUCCUCCGUCAUUUUGAAAACAAAAUGUAAUUUUGGCAUUUAACAAUUUUGUCUAAAUCCAGACAGUGACAAGAACCAGUAUUUUAGCAAUAGUUUUUAUUAAUCAAUUUAUUAAUUAAUGUUCAUUGAAGACAUGAAUGUAGAAGAUGAACCAAAUUACGAAGACUCAGGAAACGAAACCAGCGGAGACGAUGUCGAUUUUGCAAUUGAUGUUGAUGCGUCUUCCCACAAAGAACUACAAUGUUACGAUGAUGAGUAUCAGUAUGAAGUAUUGUCCACAGAUGAUAUAGUCACACAUAUGCAAACCUGCAUUAAAGAAGUAAACACAGUGGUUCAGAUUCCAGCCACUGUAACCAGAAUCCUCCUAAAUUAUUUUCACUGGGACAAAGAGAAGCUGAUGGAGAAGUUUUUUGAUUCCAAUCAGGAUGAGUUGUUUAAUGAAGCUCAUGUUAUUAAUCCAUUUAAGAAAAUUACUGCAGUCAAGCCAAAAAUGUCUCUGAAAGUGUCAGGGACGGAGGAAUGUGAUAUUUGCUUUAUGGUUUUUGCACCUGGACACAUGACUGGCUUGGAAUGUGGCCACAGGUUUUGUUAUCAAUGUUGGAAUGAGUAUUUAACCACCAAAAUAAUGGAGGAAGGAGUCGGGCAAACAAUUGCUUGUGCAGCACACAGUUGUCCAAUACUUGUUGAUGAUGAAACUUGCAUGCGACUUUUAAGAGAUCCAAAAGUUAAAACUAAAUAUCAACAUUUAAUAACAAAUAGCUUUGUUGAGUGCAAUCGUCUUUUGAGAUGGUGUCCCAGUCCUGACUGCAAUUAUGCAAUAAAGGUUUUGUAUGUGGACUCUAAACCAGUUUGCUGUAAAUGCGGUCAUGCGUUUUGUUUCUCUUGCGGUGAAAAUUGGCAUGACCCUGUAAAAUGCUUUCUGUUGAAAAAAUGGAUAAAAAAGUGCGACGACGAUUCGGAAACAUCGAAUUGGAUAGCCGCAAACACGAAAGAAUGCCCGAAAUGCAAUGCCACAAUAGAAAAAGAUGGUGGUUGUAACCAUAUGGUGUGCAAAAAUCAAAACUGCAAAGCCGAUUUUUGCUGGGUAUGUUUAGGGCCUUGGGAGCCCCAUGGUAGCUCGUGGUAUAAUUGCAACAGGUAUGAUGAGGACGAAGCUAAGGCGGCUAGAGAUGCCCAGGAACAAUCCAGAGCCGCCCUACAGAGAUACUUGUUUUAUUGCAACCGUUAUCUAACGCAUAUGCAAUCAUUGAAGUUUGAACACAAACUGUAUGCAGCUGUCAAAGAUAAAAUGGAGGAGAUGCAACAGCACAACAUGAGCUGGAUUGAGGUGCAAUUUUUGAAAAAAGCCGUGGAUAUAUUGUGCCAAUGCAGGCAAACUCUGAUGUAUACCUAUGUGUUUGCUUAUUAUUUAAAGAAGAAUAACCAGUCUGUGAUAUUUGAAGAUAACCAAAAGGAUCUUGAAAGAGCCACUGAAUUGCUUAGUGAAUACCUGGAGAGAGACAUAACACAAGAGAACUUGGUGAAUAUCAAGCAAAAAGUGCAAGAUAAAUACAGAUAUUGUGAUGGUAGAAGGAUGGCUCUUCUAGAUCACGUCCAUGAAGGCUACGAGAAAGAAUGGUGGUUAUACAGUGAUUAAUUUUGAUUUUUUAGGGACUAUUACUGUAUUUGGUAUAUUUUUCACUAAAUCUUAUUUAUACCAAUACAUAAGAUAACUUGAUAACAUUAUAUUUAUUCACUUAAUUUAAUUGUCCAACCUCAAUGUAUUGUUCUAAACUUUACCCUGGUUUGGAUUUUUUGGAUUCAGGCUCAUCAUUGUCUGCUUGUGGUUUUGGUUGGCUUUUUUUGUAGGCAGGUGUUAUCCAGUAUGGAUUCUCCUCAGCUUCCUUGGCAAAUUUCAGAAUGGCUUCUCUUGGGUCCUGGUCAUCAUCAACUCUUUUGCUAAGACCCAGGUUUCUUAUAACAAAGCUGCUAAGGGUGCCACCGCUAGAAGCCACCCUUCCACCUUGAC